UUCUCUCGGUCUCGCGCUCUCCAUCGGAGAAGAGGGAAAUCCCACUUUUUCUCCGUUACGGGAACGCAACAGCAUCCAUGGAAACGCCUGCUAGCUUCCACGCAAGCUACAUGUUUCGUCUUCCCGUGGUUUUUCUUCCCCGUGGCGUGACGCUCGGUUGAGUGUUUUCCCUUUUCCCCAGUAGUGAUGAGUGGAACUGUCGAUGCGCGAGCGAGGGACGAGCAGACCAAGAGGAUCCAGGAGAGCAUCGGCAAUGUGGAGAAGCACUUCGGCGACUUGUGUAACAUGUUCGGCAACUACGCCCGCAAAGUCGCCAAGCUGCGCGACAAGGCCGACGUCCUGGUGCGAGGGGUCGCCGACUACGCCGACACCGAGACGCCGAGCCUCAAGAAAGGCGCGAAGCAGUUCGCCGAACAGCUGGCGAAGAUCCAGGACUACCGGCAGGCGGAGGUGGAGCGACUUGAGGCCAAAGUGAUCAAGCCGCUGAAAGGUUACAGCGCGGUGGUCCAGCGUAAACGGGAGGACGUGAAGGCUGCCGAGAGCGCCAGGACGCGAGGCUCCAAGCAGAUGCUGCAGCUGGAACGCACUCGCCAACGCAACCCGGCCGACCGACAAGUCAUCGCUGAGAGCGAGUUGCAGCGGGCCACCAUUGACGAGGCGCGGACCACGCGCCAGCUGGAAGAGACCAUCGAUGACUUUGAGAAGCAGAAGAUUCGAGACAUCAAGAGGAUCAUGUGUGACUUUGCCAGCGUGGAGAUGUCCUUCCACGCCAAAGCCUUGGAGCUCUUCACGCUGGCCUACCAGAGCAUCCGCAGCGUAGACGAGGACGACGACUUGGAGGUGUUCAGGAGCUCGCUGCGCCCGCCCGACUACCCGGCGCGCUUAGACAUCGUGCGCGCCAACUCUUUGGACGGGACCGCCUCCUCCUUCCUGACGCCGUCGGCGGCCUUCCAGCAACAGAGAGCCUCCGGACGGCAGGACGAAGACGAGGAAGAGGAAGAAUCUGAAGAAGAAGAAGAAGAAGAAGAGGAGGUGGAGGAGUCUGAUGACGAAACUCGAUGACGCACAUGGCUUUCUGUGACCAUAUACUGUACAUGUGUACUAAUAUACGUACACUAAACAGUAUUCACUCACGUAUCAGGAAAUACACCAAGAUAAUAGAUAGCUGUUGUUGACAUCCAGGCAUUCAUGUACAAGCCCAAUUCCAAUGAAGCUGGGACGUUGUGCUAACCCUAAAUCAAAACACAGUCAAAUGAUUUGCAAAGCAUGCUCCACCUGUAUUUUAGUGAAUCCACUACAAAGACAAGAUAUUUCAUGUUCAAACUGAUCAACUUGAUUGUUUUGAGCAAAUCAUCAUGAACUUGGAAUUUGAUGGCUGCAACACGUUCCCAAAAAGCUGGGACAGACGGGCUCAUGUGUGCCACUGUGUUACGUCACCUUUUCUUUGAACAACACUCGAUAAACGUUUGGGAACUGAGGACACGAAUUGUUGAAGCUUUGUCGGUAGAAUUCUUUCCCAUUCUUGCUCGAUGUACAGCUUCCGCCGUUCCAACAGUCCGGGGUCGCCGUUGUCGUAUUUUACGCUUCAUAACACGCCACGCAUUUUCAAUGGGAGCAGGCCAGUCUAGUCCCCGCACUCUUUUACUACGAAGCCACGCUGUUGUAACACGUGCAGAAUGUGGUUUGGCAUUGACUUGCUAAAAUAAGCAGGGGCGUCCAUGAAAAAAAAACGUCGCUUGGAUGGCAGCAUAUGUUUCUCCAAAACCUGUAUGUACCUUUCAGGAUCAAUGGUACCUUCACAGACGUGUAAGUUACUCAUGCCAUUGGCACUAACACGGCCCCAUACCAUCACAGAUGCUGGCUUUUGAACUUUGCGUCCGUAACAGUCCGGAUGGUUCUUUUCCUCUUUGGCCCGGAGGACACGACGUCCACAAUUUCCCAAAACAAUUUGAAAUGCUUACUCGUCGGACCACAGAAGACUUUUCCACUUUGCGUCAGUCCAUCUUAGAGGAGCUCGGGCCCAGAGAAGCCGGCGGCGUUUCUGGGUGUUGUUGAUAAAUGGCUUUUGCUUUGCAUAGUAGAGUUUGAAGUUGCACUUACGGAUGUAGCGCCGAACUGUAUUUACUGACAUUGGUUUUCUGAAGUGUUCCUGAGCCCAUGCGGCGAUAUCCUUGACACAUCGAUGUCGGUUUUGUAUGCAGUGCCGCCUGAGGGAUCGAAGGUCACGGGCAUUCAAUGUCGUUUUUCGGCCUUGCCGCUUCCAUGCAGUGAUUUCACCAGAUUCUCUGAACCUUUUGAUGAUAUUAUGGACCGUAGAUGAUUUCAUCCCUAUAUUCCUUGCAAUUGUACAUUGAGGAACAUUGUCCUUAAACUGUUGGACUCUUUUCUCACGCACUUGUUCACAAAGAGGCGAACCUCAUCCCCUCUUCUUUGCUCGGGAAUGAGUGAGCAAUUGAGGGAAGCUCCUUUUCUAGCCAAUCACGGCACCCGCCUGUUCACCUGCGGGAUGUUCCAAACACGUGUUUGAUGAGCAUUCCUCAACUUUCUCAGCCUUUUUUUUGCCACCUGUCCCAGCUUUUUGGGAAUGUGUUGCAGCCAUCAAAUUCCAAGUUAAUGAUUAUUUGCUAAAAACAAUCAAGUUGAUCAGUUUGAACAUGAAAUAUCUUGUCUUUGUAGUGGAUUCAAUUAAACAUAGGUUGAACAUGAUUUGCAAAGCAUUGUAUUCUGUUUUUAUUUAUGUUUAACACAAUGUCCCAACUUCAUUGGAAUUAGGGUUGUAACAAUGUCUUCUUCUUGUUGUUGUUUUUUUUUUUUUUACAACUAUUAUAUUUAUUACUGUUUUUUUUCUUCGGUCAUGAAACUAAUUUGAGCUAACUUAAGUAUUGCAAAAUAUUGUGAUGCAGGUCAAACAUAAUAAACAUAAAAGUGACAUGAA